AUGGAGCCAAAAUUGUCAGAGGCAGUCGAACAGUGGUUUUCCUGGAAUAAAGACGAAUCCUCAUCGGCCGAAAUAAAGAGCCUUGUUGAUGAUAAGAAAUAUGAAGAGUUGGAGAAAUUAUUACUUUCACGCAUGGAAUUUGGCACAGCGGGCCUACGAGCAAAGAUGGGCCCGGGUUUCUCGCAAAUGAACACCCUUACCAUCAUUCAAACUGCGCAGGGUUUGCUCAAGUACGCACAGAAACAAUUCACAACCGAGGAGCUUGCCACUAAAGGAAUUGUUAUUGGCUUCGACGCGCGAUACAACUCCAAGAGCUAUGCCUCGCUAACUGCUUCGAUUUUUGCCCGCGCCGGUUGUCGUGUUCGCCUUUUUUCGAAUAUUUGCCCCACUCCGUAUGUUGCAUUUUCAUGUCGCUUCUACGGGCUCUGUCUUGGUGUGAUGUGUACCGCCUCUCACAAUCCCAAGCAGGACAAUGGAUAUAAGGUUUAUUGGAACAACGGCGCCCAAAUCAUUCCCCCACAUGACCGUGGUAUUUCUGAAGCAAUUUGCGAGAAUUUGGAACCUUGGGAAAGCUCUUGGGAUAUUCCCCUCAUCCCAGAUAUUUACGAGAACAAUUUGAUAAGCGACCCAAUGGCUGAAGUGGACAUUGAAUACAUGAAGCUUCUUAAAACGUCAUCGACUCGUCUGGAGAAGAAUAAAGAAUCAAAACUCAAAUUCACUUACACGCCAGUUCACGGAGUUGGUACAAAGUUCGUGAAACUUGCGAUGGAAACAUUCAAUCUCCCCGAGCUCAUCGAAGUGCCGCUCCAGUGCAACCCUGACCCUGAAUUCCCGACCUCCCCGUUUCCCAACCCCGAAGAAGGCAAAGGAGUCCUGAAGCUCGCUAUCGAAGCUGCCGAAGCUGAAGGAUCGAACCAUGUUCUUGCUUCCGAUCCAGACGCUGAUCGACUUGCAGUUGUAGAAAAACAAGCGGACGGAUCAUGGCGAGCGUUUAGCGGCAACGAACUUGGCGCAAUCUUUGGGUGGUGGGCUGUCUCCAACUGGAAGAAAAACGGCUCUCAAGAUGGCGAAAAUACUUACAUGCUCUGUUCAACUGUUUCCUCCGUUAUUUUGAAGACGAUCGCCGCCAAGGAAGGAUUGAAUUUUGAGGAUACUCUUACUGGCUUCAAAUGGAUGGGGUCCCGAGCGAAAGAGCUCAUCGAUCAGGGGAAGAGGGUUUUGUUCGCUUUUGAAGAAGCGAUUGGAUUCAUGUUCGGCCAGAACGUCCUUGAUAAAGAUGGUGUCUCAGCUGCAGCCGUCAUGGCAGAAAUAAUUACUUCUUUGGACGAAGAGAACUUUUCCUUGAGCCAUCAGUUAGAAAACAUCUACAAAACUUACGGCUACCACGUGACCAACAACUCAUACUACAUUUGCCACGAGAAGUCGAUCAUCAACAAGAUGUUCAGCGAAAUCCGAAACUAUGACAAGAAUCCAGGUGCGUAUCCACAAGCUUUGGGACGCUUCAAGAUCUCCGGAAUUAGAGAUCUUACAACUGGGUAUGAUUCUCGCGAAGAAGAUAAAGCUGCUAAACUGCCAGUCUCAAAGUCCAGCCAUAUGAUUACAUUUUAUUUUGACUGUGGAGCUGUCCUCACGAUGCGAACGUCCGGAACAGAACCGAAAAUCAAGUACUACUCAGAAAUGAUCGGAAGUUCACUCGAAUCAUGCAAAUCCGAGCUCGACGAGCUCAUCGAACACAUGGUCAACAACCUCUACAAACCAGAAGUCUACGGGCUGAUCGCUCGCUCACUCAACUAG